AAUUAUAGCAUUUAAGUAUAAAUUGCAUAAUCUCGAUGCCACUUGUUUCAAAAACUCGGAACCAGACUUUCAAAUACACAUAGCUUCAACUUCGCACCUGUACAAUAGAUCCCCAUGUCAAAUGAUAAGAAAGAUGCGUCCUCAGACGUCAUCUUAAACGAUGUUAACGACCAUGCCGAAGCUGACAAUACCAAUGUCUCCGCUGCGUUUGCACGUAAGCUAGACUUUCCUCUCCCCGAAAUUUUCUUGACUGGAUUCACACAAAACAUCGUUGCUGGUUUAGUAUGCUUCUGUUGCCCGGGUAUGUUCAACGCCAUGCAGGGACUUGGUAAUGCUGGUGGUAGUGAUCCUGCUGUCUCCGCGGCAAUGAAUGCCGCACUUUACGGCGCAUUCACCGUGUUCGGUUACUUUGGAGGACUUCUGUUCAAUCUUCUCGGAAACAAGCUCUUGAUGGUCCUUGGAGGCUUGACCUAUUGCUUCUAUGCCAUCUCUGUGUACCUUUGGGGCGAAGACGAAUCAUUCGCCGCCAUGGCUAUCACAGCCUCUGCCAUUCUCGGUGUUGGGGCUGGUUGUCUUUGGACUGCGCAGGGAGCCAUGACGCUAUCGUACUCAACUGAAGACAAGAAGGGUCUGUUCACUGCCAUCUUCUGGAUCAUCUUCAACUUGGGCGGUGUUACCGGAGGAUUGAUCACCUUUUUUAUGAAUAUGGGGUCCGAUGGCGCUGCAGGUGUUAACGCUGCAACCUACUUCAUGUUCUGUGGACUAAUGAUUCUGGGUGCUGUUGUUGCACUUGUAUUGGUUGUACACCCGUCUAAGGUUAUAAAAGCUGACGGCCAGUUAGUGGUUUUCGACAAAGCUGCCUCUCCAGUGGAAGAGAUUAAGAGUGUGCUCAAGCUGUUCACCAACAAAUACAUGCUUCUGCUUACUCCACUAAUCAUACAAUCCAACUGGUUCUACACAUACGAGUUUGGAGGUAUCAACGGAAAUUUGUUUGAUGCCGAGACUCGAGGUUUGAACAGCGCCAUCUACUGGGGCAUGCAGAUGAUCGGUGCCUAUGUAGUUGGUGCUCUCUUCUUGGACGCCGCCUUUAUGGGACGCCGAAAGCGUGCUAUGUAUGGUCU